CGUAAGCAGACGGAUACAGUGCUGUGAUGACUGAAAUUAAGGCAGGCAGGCAGCCACGCAUCAGCCCAGCAGCGCCCGUGUGAGUGCGCGAGCCAGUCAGUGUGCGGACGUUUUCGCUCUGCCACUGCAUGGGUCCGAGUCGCAGCCAAUCGCAUGCCUGCUCUUCCUUUCUAGCUGCUCGCAACGCAUCGCGCACAUACCUUUCCUACCAACCACAUCCACCCUCACGAGCGUGCUUUCGUUUCUACCCGUCUUCCGACCCCGCUCUUCACGAGACGACCUGUGCACGCUGAAGCUUUGCACACAAGCAUUCCCCACUCUCCAGCCUUCCACCUUCUCCACUCCUCCCACACUUUCUCACAAUGGCUGCUCCUCAGCAACAGAAGAAAGAGCUCAAGGUUCUGAGCCGGGAUGAUGUUGGCAAGCACAACAAACCCGGAGAUCUUUGGAUCGUCAUCGAUGCCAAGGUCUACGACUUGUCAAAGUUUGCUGAGCUUCACCCUGGUGGCGAGAGUGUCCUGUACGACGAAGAGAUUGCCGGCCAGGAUGCCACAGAGACUUUCUUCGGUCUGCACUUGCACGAAGUCCUCCUCCGACCUGCUUAUCAAAGGCUCAUGAUCGGAGAGAUCAAGGGCGAGGAGUCCAAGGUUGUUCCCGACGAGCUUGGCUCCCGCUCCAAGGUUCCCUAUGCAGAGCCCAUGUGGCUCACCGACAACUACUUCUCUCCAUACUUCAAGGAGUCUCACCGCAGGUUGCAGAAGGAGUUCAGGGCUUACGUGGAUACCAUGAUUUACGAGGUCGCCCAGCGAUGCGAGGCGAACGGCAAGCGCCCCGAUGUCGAGCUGCUCCAGGACAUGGGCAAGAAGGGCAUCAACGCCAUGCGCAUGGGCCCCGGAAAGCACCUGCACGGCCGAAAGUUGUUCGCCGAUGUCAAGGGUGAGGAGUUCGACUACUUCCACGAACUUGUCAUCACUCAGGAGCUCGUCCGCAUGGGCGCUCGUGGCUUCGGUGAUGGCUUGAACGGAGGUAUGGUCAUUGGCUUGCCACCCGUCAUGAACUUUGGCAGCCAGAAGUUGAAGGAUGAGGUCAUCGAACCGGUACUCAAUGGCGAGAAGUACAUCUGCCUCGCCAUCUCUGAAGCCUUUGCUGGAUCCGAUGUCAUGGGCAUGCGCACAUUCGCCCAGAAAUCCGAGGACGGCAGUCACUACAUUCUCAACGGAUCCAAGAAGUGGAUCACGAACGGCAUGUUCGCUGAUUACUUCACCACCGCAUGCAAGACCGACGAGGGAUAUGCAGUGCUCCUGGUUCGCCGAGACUUCGGUGGCGUUGAGACCAAACAGAUCAGGACCUCUUACUCCACUACCGCCGGAACCGCUUACGUCACCUUUGACAACGUCAAGGUCCCCGCCGACUACGUCAUUGGCGAGGAUGGUCUCGGUAUUCAGAUCGUCUUGUCCAACUUCAACCACGAGCGAUGGGUCAUGUGCUGCAGCACCAUUCGCUCCUCGCGUGCCAUCUGCGAGCAGCUGCUCAAGUGGUCUGCCCAACGCAAGGCCUUCGGCAAGCCCCUCAACUCGCAGGCUGUCGUGCGCGCCAAGCUGGCUAGCAUCAUCUCUCAAUGCGAGGCCGCUCAGACAUGGCUGGAAUCCGUCACCUACCAGAUGUGCAACAUGACCUACAAGCAGCAAGCGCUCUUCCUUGCUGGCCAGGUCGCCCUCCUCAAGAGCUGGUCCACUCGCGUUUCUCACGACGUAGCGGACAAUGCUGUCAACAUCUUUGGUGGACGUGGUCUCACAAAGACUGGGAUGGGUCGCUUUGUCGAGGAGUUCCACCGCACCUACAAGUUUGACGCUGUUCUGGGUGGAUCUGAGGAGAUUCUGGCUGACCUCGGUAUUCGACAAGCUCUGCGUAUGAUGCCCGAGAACGCCAAGCUCUAGACUCGACCAUUGCCUCCCAGAAAUCUCCGCGGCGAUCGCUCAAGUCCUCCGCUUGUUCUUAUACACAUUUCAACUCUUGAAUCGGUGCCUGUGCGACUCUAUUGAACGCAAGUCCUCCGUGCGUAGUGAGCUAUCCCAUUAUCUACCCUUCUCUCACUUGCGCGGAGCAAUGAAAUGUCACUUCAGCGUCCGCAAGUCUCUCAAUGUCGCAUCAAAUUGUGAAGAUGGU